AUGAAUGCUCCUCAUAGCAAAUUUGAGCCUAGAAUUGUGGGUGGCGAGGCGGUUAAUAUUGAGGCAUACCCAUUUGCCGUGCAGUUCCUGAAUAUGGGUAGACUUUGUGGAGGAGUGAUAAUCAACAGUUGGUCAAUCGUCACGGCAGGACAUUGUUUAGCAUUCAGUACUGAUAUGAAACAAAUGAUAAUACAAGCAGGUGCGAAAUAUACAUACGAUUUUAAUGCAGAUCGGUACAGGGUGAGAGCAUUUGUCAUACACGAAGACUACAAUAAAGAACAGGCAUUCUCAUGUGAUAUAGCAUUGGUUUUCGUGGAUACCCCGAUCAAGCUUGGACCGAGAGCAAAAAAAGGGAUAUUGGUGAACCACAAGGAAUGGAUGAAUGACAAAGAGGAGAAUUUUAUUGUCACUGGAUGGGGUUAUACAAAGCAUAAAGGUGAAGUAUCAAAAGUGGGUCUAAAGAUGGCGCGUUUACAUUAUAUUAACCCAAGUGAAUGUUCUAAAUUGUUGGACGGCCACAACAUCACAGCUGACACGUUCUGUUUAUACGGAUACGGAGAACGUGACACAUGCCAAGGAGAUUCGGGUGGUGGUGUUCUUUGGAAUAAUAUGUUGGUGGGUCUGACAUCCUAUGGCGAAGGCUGCGCUGUUAAAGGUAAACCAAGUAUUUACGCAAACAUAUGGCAUUUAAGGAGUUGGAUAAUAAAACGUGUUAAUGAUUUCGUUGAACAAUUCUGCGAUAGUAGGUACCGAUUUAAGGAAACAGUUUGA